UACGCAUGCGCCGGGUUCGCGGAAGGAGCCAUGUUAAAGUUGUGUUGACAGCGUCUGUUUUGUGUCUGUUAGUCCGGGUUAGACCCGGUCUGUCUGGCUUAGAGUCUCCGGCUCGGUUCGCUCUGAACAGCCGGGAAGAUGAGCUGCUGCCCGGACAUCUCCCGCAGGAACCCGCAGGAGGACUUCCAGCUGAUCCAGCGGGUCGGCAGCGGGACGUACGGCGACGUCUACAAGGCGAGGAGCGUCAGCACCGGAGAACUGGCUGCCAUCAAGGUCAUCAAACUGGAGCCUGGUGAGGACUUUGCGGUGGUGCAGCAGGAGAUCCAGAUGAUGAAGGACUGUAAACACUCCAACAUUGUGGCGUACUACGGCAGCUACCUCCGCAGGGAGAAGUUGUGGAUCUGCAUGGAGUUCUGUGGAGGAGGAUCACUGCAGGACAUCUACCACAUAACUGGUCCACUGACUGAGUCCCAGAUCGCUUACGUCCUGCGGGAAACGCUGCAGGGCCUCUUCUACCUGCACAGCAAAGGAAAGAUGCACAGAGACAUUAAGGGAGCGAACAUCCUGCUGACUGAUAACGGAUACGUCAAACUGGCGGACUUCGGCGUGUCGGCUCAGAUCACCAUGACCAUCGCUAAGAGGAAAUCCUUCAUCGGGACUCCGUACUGGAUGGCUCCGGAGGUGGCGGCGGUGGAGAGGAAGGGUGGAUACAACCAGCUGUGUGACAUCUGGGCCGUCGGCAUCUCCGCCAUUGAACUGGCCGAGCUGCAGCCGCCCAUGUUCGACCUCCACCCCAUGAGAGCUCUGCUGCUGAUGACCAAAAGUAACUUUCAGUCGCCCAAACUGAAAGACAAGGGGAAGUGGACUGGAAACUUCCAUCACUUUGUAAAAAUCGCUCUGACCAAGAACCCCAAGAAACGACCUGCUGCUGACAAACUACUGCAGCAUCCGUUUGUCUCUCAGCCUCUCAGUCGGACUCUGGCCAUCGAGCUGCUGGAUAAAGUCAGUAACCCGGACCAGACAUCCUACAAGGACCACCUGGACGAUGACGAAACCGACACAGAGGUUGUCUCUGUCCCUCAGAGGAUCCCGUCUGGAAACACCAGAGAAGGAAAGACUCUGUCUGAGAUCAACUUUGAUCAGAUGAAGUUUGAUCCUCCUCUGAGGAAAGAGACUGAAGCUCACCAUGAAGAGUCUGACUCGGAUCGUUUCCUGGACUGUGAGGAGGAGCUCUACUACACCGCCAGAUCCAACCUGGAGCUGCAGAUGGAGGAUGAAGACGCUGCUGCAGCAUCAGGAUCCAUCCUCAAUGGAAACAGGGGUCAUGAAACUCACCUGGAUGAUGUGGCUGCAGGUGAGGAUGAAGUUAAGACUGAAGAUGAUGAUGGCUGUGUGGAAGGAGGGGAAAAAGAUGACCAAUCAGGUGUCUCCGAUGCUCCAGAUCACCAUGGCGACGAUGAUGGAGAUGAGAUGCAGCAUGUAAAAGACUCAACGUUACGGCCCGACCCUGGUCCUGAAGCUCCACCCCCCCAGGAUGGACCCCAGCCCUCUGAUGAUGAUCACCAUGGCAACCAGGACCAGGGUACCAUAAAGCGUCAUCCUCUGUCAGAAAGCCCCGUCCGCUCAGCCACCCAGGGCCCCCCCAGACCUCCACCCCCCAAACUGCCCCCCCACAGACUCAGCAGCCUGGGUAACGUCCUGUCCUCCUCUGAGCAGCAGUCUGCAGCGCCUCCUGCUGGUCACUACAGGAAAGAUCCUCUAAAAUCUGUCAGCAACGGACUCCCACCUACACCUAAAGUCCAUAUGGGAGCUUGUUUCUCGAAGGUUUUUAAUGGCUGUCCUCUGAAGAUCCACUCUGCCGCCUCCUGGAUCAACCCCGACACCAGAGAUCAGUAUCUGAUCUUCGGAGCUGAGGAGGGUAUUUACACUCUGAACCUGAACGAGCUGCAUGAGAACUUCUUGGAACAGUUGUUUCCUCGCAGGUGUACCUGGGUUUAUGUGAUGAACAACACUCUGAUCUCCAUCUCAGGUAAAGCCUCUCAGCUGUACUGCCACAGUCUGGCCGGUCUGUUCGAACAGGCGCGACAGAAGCAGAAGCUGACUGUCUCCAUCCCGACUCGCCGUCUACCUGACCGCAUCCUGCCACGGAAGUUUUCCAUCUCCAAUAAGAUUCCAGACACCAAAGGCUGUCUGAAAUGCUGCGUAGUGAGAAACCCCUAUACAGGUCACAAGUACCUGGGCGGAGCCUUCCAAUCUGGUGUGGUCCUGCUGGAGUGGGUGGAGCCGAUGCAGAGAUUCAUGCUGGUCAAGAAUGUGGACUUCCAGCCUCCGUGUCCUCUGGAGGUUUUUGAGCUGCUGGUUGUCCCGGAGCAGCCGUACCCUCUGAUCUGUGUUGGCCUGAGCAAAGGAACUGAACCCAACCAGCCCGUCAGCUUCCAGACCCUCGACCCCAACUCCUCCUGCCCUGCCCCCCCUGACACAGAAAACCCUCAGAGUUGUGUGAUCCACAUCACUCAGCUGGAGAGAGACACUGUCCUGGUCUGUCUGGACCGUUGUAUAAAGAUCGUAAACCUUCAGGGGAAGCUGAAGUCCAGCAAGAAGCUGUCAGCUGAGCUCACUUUCAACUUCCAGAUCGAACUGAUUGUGUGUUUACAGGACAGUGUUUUGGCCUUCUGGAGACACGGCAUGCAGGGGCGGAGCUUCAAAUCUAAUGAGAUCACUCAAGAGAUCAGUGACAUCAGCAGGAUGUUCCGCCUGCUGGGCUCCGACAGGGUGGUGGUCCUGGAGAGCAGAGCGACAGAUAACCCGACCGAACACAGUAACUUGUACAUACUUGCCGGACACGAAAACAGCUACUGAGACCAGGACCGAACCAGGACUAAAACAGGACCGAACCAGGACUAAAACAGGACCAAACCAGUUUAAACCAGGGCCAAUCCAGUAUCAGACCAGAUCAAAUGAAGUUCUACACCAGAACUGCUCCAGCUACCAGUCACUAAUCAAGCGCCAACCACCAUCAUGCAUUGCAGCUCACCUGAACAGUGUCCAACACCAAGUGAGCACGUUUAGAGCCAAUCAUCCCAAACUGGACCCACAGCAGGUCCGAACCAGGAAACAUGACGCAGAACCAGACUGACAAGCAGACUGAACCAGUUCAGUACAGUUCAGCCUUUCGUGUUUCUGCUCAGAGAGUCUCAGAGUGACAGAACGGUCCAGAACCAGAGUCCUGCUCUCGGUGGACCACCGACGGAUGCUGAAGUCGCUGUUUGAACUUCAGCAGAACUGGACAAACAGUGAUGUCAGAACUGUAAAUAGAUUUUUAUAUUGUAGUUUAAACUGUUUUAGUCAGUGACGCUGCCUUCGUGUAACGUGGCACACAACAGUAAUAAUCACAUUCAGCAGCAGGACGUCACGUGUUCUCUGUCACAGCUAUCGCCUGUAAUUAUUAAUAUAACGAUCAUUAUCUUUACUUCGAUAUCUGAGGUAUAACGGUACAGAGAAGCUGUUUGUUUCUCACAGGGAUCUGACAUCAGAGAACCGGAGUUACGUAACCUGUCUGUCCGCACGUGAAUAUUAAAGCUGCUUUUAGAUUUUACAUUUAUUAAAUCUUUUUUAUGCUGAUGUGCAAAUACUGUAAAAUAAAAACGGACUUUUUUACACUCUGA